CUUGGCUUCCCUUAUAGCUAUAUGUUAAUGACAUACACAUGGGCUCGGUGGUACAGUAUACUGUGGUGGGAAAAGAGGGGAGGGAGGGGGGCGAUAACAUAAGCCAGUGUCUCUUUAAAAAAUGUGAAGUUUCUUCUUGUAUUCCAGAAUGAGGUCAGACACGAGGCUCCUCAUUGCACACGCUGAUUAUUAUUAGAUUCCAUUUUGGACCAAUCGGCGUCGAGAUGGGCGUGGAUUUGGCGCGGAGGCAGGCUAGCGACAGCUUCCCAUUGGCUUAUUUUUUAUCACCGUUGUAUCUCGGGAAAGGAUAAAUGCAUGCAAAGAGGGGGGACCAGACUGGAGGGCUGCUUGAAACUCUGCUGCAAGUCUACAGAUGGAGGGCGGACCGUGUUAUUCACUUUAAGUUCCUUUUUUUUUUUUUUUUUUGUAAUUCCCUCUCCCUCCCCAGCAUGUCUGGUUUUUGUCUCUAGGAGAGGGGACGCAGGCUGAUGCCGAGAAAAAAAAAGCACUUAUAACUGUACUUGGGAGCCUUUAGCAGUAGUGGGCCACCGAGUCAGCGCAGACCGUGUUGUGCUUCUGCUGGGCAUAACUCGUUUGCAUCGAUUUUUACUACACUGACGCUUUUUUUUUUUACUACACUGAAGGAAGGAAGAGAGGGAGAAGUCAGACAUUUAAAACUGCUCUGGAAGUUAAAACUUUGUGUUGCAUAUUUGGCCAAACUGGACUGGGUUGAUACUGCACACCAGAGGAGUGGGAAACAAAACAAAACAAAAAAAAAUAACAAGAAAACCCAAAACAAAACUUCCAAAAAAAAAAAAACCUCAACUCACACGCUGGGAGAAAAGAGCUGAGUUUGCUUUUAAGUGCACCGAGAAGAGAGGCAGCAUGGUGCAAAAGAUGAGCCACACAGAGAGCACCGCGGAGGCGCUUUCUUCCUUCUUCAGCGGGGACUCGAGCUCCGGGGCCAGCAUGGAUCUAGACCCCGGCGACUCGCCCCUGUCCCCGGGCUCCACAGCCUCCUCGACCGCCGGGGACAAGCUGGGCGACAACCCGGCGUGGUGUAAAACCCCGAGCGGCCACAUCAAGAGACCCAUGAACGCGUUCAUGGUGUGGUCCCAGAUCGAGAGGAGGAAGAUCAUGGAGCAAUCCCCCGACAUGCACAACGCCGAGAUUUCCAAACGGCUCGGCAAGCGGUGGAAGCUGCUCAGGGACAGCGACAAGAUCCCCUUCAUCCAGCAGGCGGAGCGGCUCAGGCUCAAGCACAUGGCGGACUACCCCGACUACAAGUAUCGGCCCAGGAAGAAGGUCAAGUCGAGCGCCCCCAAGCCGGGAAGUGACGGCGAAAAGGCGGAAAAGCUCAACGGUAGCUCGGGCAACACCAGCAUGAAGUCGUCCUCGUCUUCGAGGAAGAACGGACUCAAAUCGCCCAGCAGCAAAGCCCACAAAACGCCUUUGGGGAGCAGCGGCAACAAAAGCUCGCAGUCGGCCUCGGAGCAGCCGCAGCCGCAGCCGGAGCACCACGGCCAGCCGCUCUACAAGUCCAAGCCGGCGGCGUCCACCGCCAAGCAGGUACCCGAGGGCAAGAGAGCCAAGCGGGUGUACCACUUUUACGGGGGCGCCUUGAGCGUCAGCCCCGCGUCGUCGGUCACAGUCCCGGCCAGUCCCACGCUCAGCAACUCGGCGGACUCCAGCGACCCGCUCAGCCUGUACGAGGACGGAGUCGGCGGCAGGGAGGAGGGAGGCGAGUCCCCGGGAAGCGGCGGCAGCCCGGGCGGCUCGUCGGUGCGCCACGGCGGGCAAACGCACAUCGGUCGGCGGGCUUCGUCGCCCACACCCUCCGGCUCCCACUGCUCCGCCUCCUCCUCCUCCUCCUCUUCGUCGUCGUCGUCGUCUUCCUCCUCGGAGGAGGACGAAGAUUUUGAGGACGACCUGCUCGACAUGAACCCGAGCCCCAACUUCGACAACAUGUCACUGGGUAGCUUUAGCUCCUCGGUGCUGGACAGGGACUUGGAUUUGAACUUUGAGUCCGGCUCCGGGGGCUCCCACUUCGAGUUCCCCGACUACUGCACGCCCGAAGUCAGCGAAAUGAUUUCCGGGGACUGGCUGGAGUCCACCAUUUCCAACCUGGUCUUCACGUAUUAGCACCAAAGCGGCACAAGCGACGACCACACACGCGGAGCCCCGGUGACCCGACGCAAGCGGCUGGGGGUGGGCGGCGACUGCUGCUGCUGCUGCUGCUUAGCCUGCGAACUACCAGAGCAGUCGGGACGCGUUGAAAACAAGCGCUCGGAAAGCUCCACUUUGAAAGCAGCAGCAAAAAAAAAAAUAAAUACAUUAAAAAAAAAAAAAAAAAUAGCCCACUUUGGUGGGCUACUUGGCUUUGAAUGUGCGGACCGUGGAGGACUGUGGGACGGCCGAGCGUGGGAGGCUGCAAAACUUGCAGCGAAGCCGACAAAAGUGACACUGCUUUGGGGUUUCCUGUUGAAGAAAACGCUCGGCGGUGAACCGGUUGACCCGAAACAACUUUACUGUGAUUGAUUUGCACGUUAAGCGGUCCACCGUUCACUUAAUCAAUGUUGUUGCUGAUUUAUUUUUCAAAGGGACAUUUUCCAACUUUUUUUUUUCGUUUUUCCUUUUUUUUUUUUUUUUUUAACCUAGUGAAUUUCACCACUAAAAAGGUACACAACUCGCACUCUCGCGACAUUUUUACAGCCGUGUGGUCACUGAGGGAUUUUGUAUGUCACCGAGGUGGGUUGAAUUAUUAUUAUUUUCAAGUUUGACAUCUCAAAAGCAAAAACAUUGAAGCAUGAUAGCCUACUUUUUUUUCCCGAUCUUGUGCUGACAUGUAAUGUGAGACUGGCGAGCAGUUACAAAUGGUAGCUACAGUAUUAGGGUUAUUUAAAAUGUACAGAGCCUCUCUUUUAUAUUU